AUGACAGAACCAAAAGCUCUUGCGUGUACAGAUUACUCGUUGGCAUGGAUCUGUGCGUUACCACUGGAGUUGGCAGCGGCACAAGCGAUGUUGGAGGAGACGCAUCCCAGUCUCACAUCCACCGCUAUCACCAACAUCACGUACACGCUUGGCAAAAUCGCGGGUCAUAAUAUCGUUAUAGCCUGUUUGCCAUCCGGCGUAUAUGGCACAAUUUCGGCCACCUCGGUCGUGUCACAAAUCCAAUCCAUCUUCCCGAAUGUUCGCUACGGGGUCAUGGUAGGCAUUGGAGGCGGGGUGCCGAGUGAAACUGCCGAUAUUCGACUGGGCGAUGUUGUCGUGAGCAAGCCAAGUGGAAGGUUAGGUGGUGUCGUACACUAUGACUUAGGGAAGACCGUUAGCGGUGGACAUUUUGAACACACUGGCAUGCUAAAUCAGCCACCGACCAUCCUUUUGACAGCUGUUUCCAAAAUUCAGGCAAGGGAUAUGAUGAGAAAAGAUGAGCGAAUCUUGGAAGAGGUGUCAAAAGUAUUUAGGCUGCAUCCGGAUAUGGAGGCUAAGUUUUCACGACCUUUCAAAGAAGACUGUCUCUUUCCUUCGACAUAUUCUCAUUUGGAGUCACAGAAUUCCUGUGUCAGCUGUGAUUUCAAGCAGAAGGUUGAGCGCGAAGUGCGAGUAUCAAAAGAGCCUCAGAUACAUUAUGGACUUAUCGCAUCCGGCAACCGCGUGAUCAAAGACGGCGGUGAACGAGACAAACUUGCACAGGAUUUUGGUGCUCUUUGUUUUGAAAUGGAAGCAGCCGGUAUCAUGAAUCACCUCCCCUGUCUUGUGGUUCGUGGCAUUUGUGAUUAUUGCGACUCUCACAAAAAUAAAGAGUGGCAGGAAUUUGCAGCUCUAGUCGCAGCGAUACACACAAAGGACCUCCUCUCCAUGAUAGCGGUGGCCACAUGUCAACCCGACGAAAGCCAAAAGCGCCGUGCGUGGACGGUACCUUUUGAUCGGAAUCCACGAUUCUUGGGCCGGAAUGACGAAAUCCGUCAGCUCAAACAACAGAUUCUUUCCAAGGACCAUGUCAGAAAAGCUGCGAUUUCAGGAUUGGGAGGCAUGGGUAAGACUCAUAUUGCACUUGAACUGGCCUAUCAGGUUCGCGAAGAUUCUACACUCUCCAUUCUCUGGAUACCGGCAACUAGCAUCGAAGCUGUUGAGCAAGCGUUCAUGAGCAUCAAUGAGCUGUUGGGUUUACCAAGUGGACCCACCAUCGAUGUGAAGUCCCAAGUGAAAACAUAUCUCAGCUCUCAAGAAGUCGAUCCAUGGCUACUGAUCAUCGAUAAUGCUGAUGAUGCGGAUAUGUGGAUGUCCUCGCAUACCGUACCUGCACUCAAAAAUUUUCUUCCCCAGUGCCACAAAGGUUUCAUCCUGUUCACAUCACGAAAUCAACAACUGGCAAUCAGAUUAGCUGGGCCUAACAUCAUCGAACUGUCGGAAUUGAGUGGUGCGACCGCACUUGAUCUAUUGAAAGAAUUACUUGUCCACAAAGAUCAGAUAGAGGAUUCAAAAUCAGCCACUGUAUUAGUACAACAGCUCUGUGGCUUGCCCUUGGCUCUGAUUCAAGCAGCAGGCUUCAUCAACGAGAACUGUGUCUCUCUAGAGGCGUAUCUUACCCUACUUUGCGAACAAGAAGACACAAUGAUCGACUUGCUCAGCGAAGACUUCGAGGAUAGCUAUCGGUACACAGAAAGCAAGAACCCGGUAGCAGUCACCUGGAUGAUCUCUUUCCAACAAGUAAAAAGGUUAAGUGAUCUGGCAGCGGAUAUCCUAUCAUUCAUCGCUUGCAUUGAUCAUCGAGACAUACCUUUAUCUCUUCUUCCACCCAGACAAUCAAAGCUGGAGGAGCACAAGGCCUUAGGAAUACUUAAAGCCUACUCAUUCGUUACAGCGCAAACUAACGACGAAUUCAUCAGCAUGCACCGACUUGUCCAUUUAGCUACAAAGAACUGGCUCAGGAAUGGAUGUUUGCUGCAAGAGUGGACGGGGAAAGUCGGUGAACGUUUCAACACAGUCUUUCCAUCAAAUGACCCGAUAAAUCGAUUCAGAUGGCGAGCGUACUUACCCCAUGCUCAACUUUGGCUUCAAGGAAAAGAGUCUCAACUGGAUGUAGACAUCAAAGAGAAUCUCGCCCAAAGUGUUGGGAAGUGCCUUAGCGCCGAUGGAAGGGAAGAUGAAGCAGAAACCAUGUUUCUGAAAGUCUUGGAAACAAGAGGCGAGCGACUCGCCUUAACUGAUGAAAGACUCCUCGCUACUUUGGCUUGCAUGGCAUCAACAUAUUCUAUGCAGGGCCGGUUAACUGAAGCUGAAGAGGUUCUGCUCGAGGUGGUGGCGAUAAAUAAGAAGGUGCAAGGGCUUGACCAUUGUUUCACACUGACUAGUAUGAGCGACCUCGCGCUCAUAUAUAGAGAUCAGGGACGAUUGAAGGAGAGCGAAGAGCUUGGGCUACAAGUGAUGGAGACAAGAAAGAAGAUUCUAGGUAUUGAACAUCUGGACACGUUAACGAGCAUGGGCAAUAUCACAGCAAUAUAUUACCAUCAUGGGCGUUUGAAGGAGAGCGAGGAGCUUGAGCUACAAAUAUUGGAGGCAAGAACAAGAUUGCAGGGCAUUGACCAUCCUAAAACACUGCUUAGCAUGAGCAACCUUGCGAUGAUUUAUUGGGUUCAGGGAAAAUUGGAGGAGGGCGAAAAAUUUGGGAUGCAAUCAGCGGACGCAACACAGAGGGUCCUAGGCGUUGAUCAUCCUGAAACACUGAGAACCAUGAGCAAUCUCGCGCUCAUAUACAAGGAUCAGGGACGAUUCAAGGAAAGCGAGGAGCUAGAAUUACAAGUAAUGGAGGCAAGAAAAAGUUUGCUAGGCGUUGAGCAUCCUGACACACUUACGAGCAUGGGCAAUCUCAUGUUAGUUUACGCGGAGCAGGGACGCUUAAAAGAGAGCGGGGAUAUUGGUCUUAAAUUGAUGAAGGCAAGACAGAAGCAGUUGGGUAUGGAACACUUAACCACACUGACAAGCAUGAGCAACCUCGCCUUGGUGCUUGGGAGACAUGGGCGAUUAAAGGAGGCCGAAGAGCUUUUGAAGUACACCCUGGAGACAAGAAAAAAGGUCCUCGGUACCAAUCAUCUCUCCACGCUGACCAGUAUGUCAAAUCUGGCCUGGAACUGGAUAUAUCAAGACCGCCUAGUAGAGGCUAUCGCCAUUCUUGAUUUGUGUGGUCGGAAACAAGAACAAUACCUUGGAAAGACCCACCCCUAUACAAUCGACACCAUGGCAAUGCUACAGUCCUUGCAAGAGGCUGCUGUCCGCAAUCCUGUUCUUGAAAAGUAUGAGGAAAAGCCAGUUACAUCUACGUGGAUGGGCCUAGCUAGCCCCAAUAGCUACCCAUUCCGACCUCAAGGCAGCUCAAAGCUUUCAAGACUGCACGAGUUGGGCAGCUUGCAUCCCUUGCUCUCCUUACUCAGCGCCCCUGGUCAACAAGUGAGGGAUAACGAUGAUGAUAUUGAGUGA